AUGGCUUUCCCUGGGGAUGGGAACCACACUGCAGUGACAGAGUUCAUUUUGAUGGGAUUAACAGAUGACCCAGCCCUUCGAGUCAUCCUGUUCAUCAUCAUCCUGCACAUUUACCUGGUGACAGUGUCUGGCAACCUCAGCAUAAUUCUUCUAAUCAGAGUCUCUCCUCAGCUCCAUCACCCCAUGUACAUUUUUCUGAGUCAUUUGGCUUCUACUGACAUAGGAAUUUCAUCUUCUGUCACACCAAAUAUGCUUGUUAACUUCCUGGUAGAGAAGAAUACCAUCUCCUGUCUUGGGUGUGCCAUCCAGCUUGGCUCAGCUGCCUUCUUUGGGCCAGCUGAGGGCUUCCUUCUGGCUGUCAUGGCUUAUGAUCGCUUUGUGGCAAUCUGUAACCCCCUUCUUUAUUCAACCAAAAUGUCCACACAAGUCUGUGUUCAGUUGGUUGUAGGAUCUUAUAUAGGUGGCUUUCUUAAUGCUUCCUCCUUUACCUUUUCCUUCUUUUCUUUUGUCUUCUGUGGACCAAACAGAGUCAAUCACUUUUUCUGUGAUUUUGCUCCUUUAGUUGAAAUUUGCUGUUCUGAUGUCAGUGUUUCUGUACUUGUGACCUCAUUUUCUGCAGGCACUGUUACUGUGAUCACAUUGUUAGUCAUAGCUGUCUCCUACGCCUACAUCUUCAUCACCACCCUGAAGAUGCGCUCCACUGAGGGCCGCCAGAAGGCCUUCUCCACCUGCACCUCCCACCUCACUGCAGUUACCCUGCUCUAUGGUACUGUAAUAUUCAUUUAUGUGAUGCCCAAAUCCAAGUACUCCACUGACAAGAACAAGGUGAUAUCUGUGUUCUACAUGGUGAUUAUUCCCAUGUUGAACCCCCUCAUCUACAGUUUGAGGAAUAAUGAGAUUAAGAAUGCUUUAAAGAGACGGCUUAAUAAGAAAAUGUUUGCUUAA